AAGAAGCUAACACGAUCGAUGAGAUCAUCAUAUAUUAUCGGGUGAAAAACGAAUUGAAAUCGACAUAUCGAUCAUGGCGACGACGAAGACGCAGCUUCUCAUGAAGCUGGGGCUACUGCUGCUGGCGCUGGCGUCUCAGCCGUCGCCGUCGCAGCAGUCGCAGGCGUUCUUCGAGAUCUGGCUGGGGCAGAACUCGAUGCAGUACGGCACGCCGACGAUGGACACGCCGUCGAUCGCCGGCGACAUCGUCGCCGCCAACGCGACGGCGGUCCACGCGGCCGUCGACCCCGCCGGCGGCGGCAAGCAGUACCGCACCAUCGCCGACGCGCUCGCCGCCGUCCCCGACGCCAACAACACCAGGCGCUACGUGUUCAGGCUCAAGCCGGGGCAGGUGUUCCGCGAGAAGGUGGCCGUCGGCGAGGGCAAGCGGUACGUCACCUUCGAGUCCGACCCGGCCAACCCCGCCGUCGUCGUCUGGAACAACACCGCCGCCACCCCGGGCAAGGACGGCAAGCCCCUCGGCGCCGCCGGCAGCGCCAUCGUCGCCAUCGAAGCCUCCAACUUCAUCGCCAAUGGUGUCGUCUUCAAGAAUGAUGGGCCAACAGGGGGGAAGCAAGGGCAGACAGUGGCACUGCGGGUGGCAGAAAAAAGGGCAUCAUUCUUCAAUUGCACGAUCGAGGGCGGACAAGGCGUGCUAUACGACGAGAUGGGGACACACUACUUCAGGAACUGCACCAUCAAUGGCGGCGUCGACGCCAUCUUCGGCUUCGGGAGGUCUUUCUACGACGAUUGCCGCAUCGAUCUCCAAGCGAGACCCCGCCGUGCCCACGGCGCCAGCGACGUAGAAGAGGCCGCCCUCGCACACCAAGCAGAUCAAUUCUACCUGGAACGGCUUCGCCUUUCACAACUGCGUCAUCGAGACCGGUGGCGCCGACGACAAGGUCUACCUCGGCAGGGCAUGGGAGGACUCGUCGUUCGUCGCCUACACCUAUAGCAAGAUCGCCAAUGAGAUCGUGCCUAUUGGCUACGACGACCACGGGAACAUCCAAAAGCCACCGAAAGGGAGCGGAUUCUACUACGGUGUGUACAACUGCUCUGGGCCUGGAUUGGAUGCAAGCAAGAAGAUGGGAUGGGCCGAAGAAAUCGCUGAUAGCAACGUACCGUUUGCAUAUAGCUAUUACGCUUUUGUCGAUGGCGAAUCGUGGGUCGUGCCCAGGCCCGCGGACCAUAUCGAGAUUCACAUGUGAUGAUCCAUAUGCGUGAGGAAUACCACCAUAUUGCCACACGAUAUAUCUCGCACUUCGAUGGUCUCAUAAGUACUUAUCUGUAAUGAUAAUGUAUUUAUAGCAGAGGAUGUGAACCCGAUCCAUAUGUCUUCCCUUAGAUUCACAUCUCACAUUCCUGUUGCGCUCAUUGUAUUUGGCCAUAAAUUAAUCUCGGUUUCUCUACUCGUCCUUGUCUCUCCCAAUUAUUCCCUCCAUGGCGAGGGCUCCAAACAAAUAAAAAAGAUGAUGAAAUCAUUGAUGAAUAA